AUUACCUGUGCCCACGUUAAAGUGCUAUAUCUCCGUUUGAGACAUCUGCACAGCCCAUCUCGGCUGAAGCAUCUGCAACUACAAUCGUAACAGCAUGACUUUUCCAAAGGUGCUGCACAUUUUUGUCUCCUCUCUUACAGUACUCUCACAAACUGGUUUCAGUGUGGACAUCAUUGGUGGAACGGAAGUCCAGCCACCCCAUUCCCAGGCUUUUAUGGCUUCUUUACAGUUUCAUGGGGGACACGUGUGUGGUGCAGCACUGAUCAAGAAAAAAUGGGUGCUGAGUGCUGCGCAUUGUUUUAGGAAGAAGAACCUUCCAGAUACAGUUUUGCUUGGCAUUCACAACUUGAAGUCAUCAAGUCAUGUACAGAGGUUUGCAAUAAAGCAGUACUGUAUUCAUCCCAACUUUGAUGCAUCAUCAUUUGAAAGUGACAUUGUGCUUAUUAAGCUAGAAUCCAAGGCCAAAUUGAAUCGCUAUGUGAAAACUAUUAACCUCCCCAAGAAAGCUCACAGCCUACGUCCACAAACCGCUUGCUCAGUUUUUGGCUGGGGUGUAACUGCCGAGCAUGGAUCCCUUUCAAACAACCUGAAAGAACUCAACAUGGGGAUACUUGACUCUAUGAAGUGCAACAGCAGUCUGUUUUGGAAUGCUGGUAUAUCCAGUACCAUGAUUUGUGCUCAAAGUAAAGAUGAAAGAACAGGUCCUUGGAAGGGAGACUCCGGUGGACCACUUGUAUGUGGAAAAAAUAUUCUAGGAGUAAUUUCAUUUGGUGAUAUUAAGAAGAAAACUGACAUCUUUAAACCAACUGUUUUCACUGCUGUCUCCAAGUAUAUCUCCUGGAUCAAAAAAAUAACUUCCUGAGCCCAACUCUGCAGUCUAUCUGCCUUUUGGAAAUACCAGAAUAUGCGACAGUGAAAAGUCAAUAUAAUAAUCUCUCAGUAAAUGGUCAAAGUGUGUUAAUUACUUUACAACCGCCAUAGUGCUUAUUUAGCUUUGUGUAUUUGUGCUUUAUUGUUCACUGUAACACCUUGAUAGUCACUUUCAACCAUUCUUUUGUCUUUAUAUCUUCCAGACUAAAUCAUACCUUUCAACUGUACAGAUUUUUGCAGAAUGUCCAGAUUUUUGCCUCAUA